UGGUCUCUAAGGUGCUACUGGAAGGAAUUUUUUUAGUCAUACCUCAGGUUAAAGACGCUUCUGGCUGAGCGUUUUCGGGUUGCGCUCUGCGGCGACCCGGAAGUAACAGAACGGGUUACUUCCAGGUUUCACCGCUCACGCAUGCGCAGACGCUCAAAAUGGCGUCACGUGCAUGCGCAGAAGCGGCAAAUCGCGACCCACGCAGACACGGGCUGCAUUCUGCUCAGGUUGCGAACGGGGCUCCGGAACGGAUCCUGUUCGCAACCAGAGGUACCACUGUAUUCUGUUUCCAAUACUGAGGUAGAUAGAGCAAUGGUCUAACUCAGGCACCCCCAACCUUCGGCCCUCCAGAUGUUUUGGACUACAGUUCCCAUCAUCCCUGAGCACUGGUCCUGUUAGCUAGGGAUCAUGGGAGUUGUAGGCCAAAACAUCUGGAGGGCUGCCGGUUGGGGGACGCCUGAUCUAACUCGAUACAAGGAGUUUCCUGUGUCCCGAGGAGGGAAGCAAAAGUAACUUGGGAAUCGCGAGGCUUCCUCCCCCCGGCUCCCCCCCUCCCUUGCUAGGAAAAGCUUCCCUUGCUGAAACGCCCUUCCUUUUUUAAGAUACAGGAAUAAUGGAGGUGGCCAGAUGUCAUUAUCAGCCAUCAGAAGUUGGCAACUGUCCUCUUCGCCCGGACUGACAAGUCAGACGGCAGCUCCACGCUGGAUGGGGGGGGGGGGGAGCAGCAGCAGCAAAAGAGAAAAGGCCCUCCCCCUUUUACGAGGCCGGAGAGCAUGCGCAUUAACGCCAGCAGGGAAGGGAGGACCCUUUCCUCUCUCCGUCCGCGCCCUUUCCUAUUCCGGGACAGGCUUGCGAGCGAGCAAGCGAGGCGGAGGCGGGCUGGGGGGGCUGUUGAGAAAGCGCGCGCGCGCGCCAGCCAGCCGAAGCGGGCGGGGUUUUGGCAACCCGGGAAACGGAGCAAAGGGAGAUCCCACCCACCCCCCCAGUCCACUCCCCUCUUUCUCCGGUAGGGCUUUUCCCGUCGGGGCGGCUGCUGCAGCUGCGCCCUAACUCACCCGGCACCCCAAAAAGAGCUUUCUGGGGUGUGUGUGUUGCGGGGGGGGGAGUGCCAAGUAAGUGGCCCUGGGGGAGGAAGCUGCGGAUGACUUUGCAGCCGGCGGAAGGAGCAGCAGCAGCAACUGGAGGAGGAGGCAGCGGCGGCGGCGGCGGCGAUUGCGGUUGCAGCAGCAGCGGCGCCGGCGAGCUCGGGAGCCCCGUGGAACGUUGAGGCGCCGGGAAGGAAAACACCCCCCAUUGUGACGUCGCGUUCUUCGGAAGUGGAAAGUUUGUCCCAGCGUUCGAAAGGCGCGCCCGCUCGCCUUUGAUCUCCUGGGCUCCCUCGCUCGAAAAGAAAGGACCCCCCCUUCCUCCCCCCGCGGCCAGAGGAAGCGGCUACUUUUCUUUCCCCCUCUCCCGCUGCUUCUUCCAAGGUGAGUGUGGCGCUGAUGGGAGGCUUCUCCCUUCAUUUCCCCUGGGUGGGUGCGCGCACGUUUCUCCCCCCCCCCACACCCUCCUAUCCGGAGCAACCCCUCCCCUCCCCACUGGGGGCGGCGGCGGUUCCAACACGUGUGCCCCGUAACGAGGAGAAGCCCGAGCGUGGGUCGGGGGCUCGCUCGGAACCUCUCUUGCCCGACCGAUCGUGUGAACGCACUUUUCUCGGUCGACGCUCACUUGAAGGCGUGGGGGGAGACGGCGCCGGGCCCUUUGAUUUGUACACCCCCCCCACAAACCGAUUUUGACAGAAAUUUGGGGUGGGGUUUUUAGAGCUGCUUCGCUUCUUUCGGCCUCUCCACUCAACGUACGCGCCUUUCCAGAAGUUGCCCAAAAUCCUUGCAAAAAAAAAGUUUGCAAAUCUUUGAAGUGGGGGCGUCGCGAUGAGGAAGAGGGGCGCGUGGCUUUUUCACGACCCCGGCUGCCUUCCUGUUUGAUUUCCGUACAGAUUCGUAGAAGCGCCUACAGGACUCGAUUUCGGGGGGAUGUGGGGUGGGGUCUGAUUUUACAAAUCUGGUAGCUUUAACUUCCUUGUAAAGAGAAGCGAGGCGGGUGUGGGUCUCGCCUCCCCCCACCCCACCCCACCGACGUUGGAAACUUCUCCUGGGUGGGACAUCUGGGGUUUGAAUUAAAACUGCCGUUUAGACAGGAACAAGCGGAGCGAGCGCUCGGGCGGCUGCGGACGCGUGUUCGCUUUCCGGAAGCGGCGCGCACGCUUGCCUGAAAGAGGUGGGGCGGGGGUUGACCGGAGCAAGCAAGGGGGUCUCUCUCUUUCUCUCUCUCCAAAUCUUUAAUGUGGGGAGGGGCUGCCCACCCCCCGUUCUUUCCCUGCUUGGACAGUACUUUGCUAGAUUUGAAUCGGUGCCACGUUCAGAAGACGCCCUAGAGAGUCGGAUCUGGCGUGUUGUGUGAAUUGGGGCACUCUCUCCGAUCUGGAGGGAUUCGGGGGGGGCGGGGGAGAUCUAAUUCAUCUGAGACUCCCCUGGGGGGGUGGAGAGAGGCUUGGACAUCUCAUUUCCUUCCAGUUAUCUAGGGACCCGUCUCUCCCUCGCCGCCCCGCGCUUUUCCCUUUGUUACAGCUGCUCUCUUCAGAGCAGGCGAAAACUUCUUAAUAAAGGCAAAAGACACGUGUGAGUUUUGCGCUCUCGUCUGGAUGGUGCCCUUUGGCCUCCCCCACUCCGGUCACGUAGAGCUCUUUGACCCAGUUCCUCUGUAGCAAUAGCGAGGGAGGGGGAAGGAGUUGAGCCGCGGAGGAAAUCAGUGUGAACUCAUUUUUGUUUCCAUUCAGAUCUUUCUCUGUGUGUUUCAUUCUUUUCCAUAUCUGUCUGCCAAAAAAAAAGGGGGGGGGGAGAGAAAUCUUCAGCUUCUUGGAGGUUGCCAUUUUGAAACGGGGGGAGUUGCCUUGGUUUUCGUUUUUUAAAAAGUCCUGGCGUGAUUUUGAAAUGCGAUUUUCAUUUCAUUUUGUUACUUCCAGUAUGGAGGAGAGAAACUUUCCUCUGCGUCUGUGUCUAAAACUUUUGUCACCUGUUCCUCAACUUGGCUGAGAAUUAUUUUUCUGCCAUGCCUCUUUUUUUUGUGUGUCUUCCUUCUCCCCUGUCCCAAAGUAUUUUGAAUUUUUGGAGAAUUUUUUUUUUGGGGUGGGGAGAACGACAGACACCUGGAAAAGUAGCGUGGCAAUAAAAUCAAGUCUCCGUCAACGUAGAAAGUUCUUAACGCUCAGGAUUGCAAACUGGGUGAGUGUAGUAGCCUUGCAGAUACCCACCCACUCGCAAUUAAUAACUUUUUCGGCUGCUGGGCCCUAGCAAGGAACUGAAAUCAAAACCCCAGGUUUGAAAUGAGCGUGGGGAGUACAUGCGUCUAGGAGUCUCUGUAAACUUGAGAGUGACCUUCAUACCUGUCCUGUGUUCUCCUAAGAUGCUGGCUUCUAUUGAUGUGGCUUUUGCAUGUGGGAGAAGUUGGGAAUCAAAAUGGAAGUUCACACUCUUGAAAUUAGGAACGCACACAAACACAACCAGAUCACAGAUUUGGAACCUAGGCAGGCUCACCGAAACGAGGCCUUGUGACCCCGCUGCCAGUCCCUUUGGGAGGUUUGCGGUGGAAGAAUCCCACCCCCCUCGCUGAGAUCUGGUGUGGUGUUGAGGCGGGUUUUAGGCUGGGGAAAUCCUUUUUUCGGAUCCUUGCUCAGCCCCAAAGCACACUGGGAGGCCUUUUGCCUGCCUUGCAGGGUGUUGUGAGAAUAAUAAUAAUAAUAAUUUAUUAUUUGUACCCCGCCUGUCUGGCUGGGUCUCCCCAGCCACUCUGGGCAGCUUCCAACAAAGAUUAAAAAUACAUUAAAAUGUCACACGUUAAAAACUUCCCUGAACAGGGCUGCCUUCAGAUGUCUUCUAAAUGUCAGGUAGUUGUUUAUCUCUUUGACAUCUGAUGGGAGGGUGCUCCACAGGGCAGGUGCCACUACCGAAAAGGCCCUCUGCCUGGUUCCCUGUAGCUUUGCUUCUCACAGUGAGGGAACUGCCAGAAGGCCCUUGGCGCUGGACCUUAGUGUCCAGAAUAUAAGGCAGGGGUAGGCAACCUAAGGCCCGGGGGCCGGAUGCGGACCAAUCACCUUCUCAAUCCGGCCCGCGGACGGUCCCGGAAUCAGUGUGUUUUUACACAAGUAGAAUGUGUGCUUUUAUUUAAAAUGCAUCUCUGGGUUAUUUGUGGGGCAUAGGAAUUCAUUCAUUUUCUUUGCCAAAAUAUAGUCCGGCCAACCACAUGGUCUGAGGGACGGUGGACCAGUCCCCGGCUGAAAAAGGUGGCUGACCCCUGAUAUAAGGGGAUAGAUCACCCAUGACUUAGGGAAAUUGGGGUGUUCUUAGUUACCCAUACAGUGGUGCCUCGCAAGACGAAAUUAAUUCGUUCCGCGAGUUUUGUCGUCUUGCGAUUUUUUUCGUCUUGCGAAGCACGAUGUCGGGAAAGUUUUGGAAAAGCUUCAAAAAUCACCAAAGUCUUUAAAAACCUCAAAAAAGGCUACCACACCGCGUUCUAUGAGUUGCUCCUCAAAGUCAAGUCGCAACUGUAUUAACGGUGUUAAGAAAAAGGAAACAAACUCGCAAGACGUUUCCGUCUUGCGAAGCAAGCCCAUAGGGAAAAUCGUCUUGCGAAGCAGCUCAAAAAACAAAAAACCCUUUCGUCUAGCGAGUUUUUUGUCUUGCGAGGCAUUCGUCUUGCGAGGUACCACUGUACUUCCCUGUUAGGGGAUUAGAAUAGGACUUCUCCAGGAGUCCUUGCUUGUUCUGGGUUGGAGAGAAAAGGGGAGGGAGGUGUUAUUGCCUGGUUUCUGUGCUGCUUUGAGGAGGGUCAGCGUUCAAGUGCCACCCCGCCGCAGAAUCCUUCCAUGACCUCGCGCAGCUCGCUGGCCACAGUCCAGAGCAAAGGACGUGUAUCGACGUUCUGCUGGAACGAACAGGACUCUGAACCUCCUGUGGGCUUCCCCCGCUGCCUCCCAGUCUCACUUCCCCUCUCUGUGAAAUGGGUUUAAAAAAGCACUAGUUUUAUUAUUACUUUCUGCAUUUUGGCCCCACCUUCGAAGGAGCUCAAAGUGGCAGGCGUGGCUCUCCCCAUCUCAUUUAAUUCUUCCGUGCGACAAGGGUAGGUUAGGCUGAGAGGUGGUCAGCCGGUGAGCUUCGUGUGGCCCGGUGGGGAUUUGAACUCGGGUCUCGCAGGGCCUAAUCUGGUGCAUUUAACCACUGGCUCUCGGGGUGAUUUGUGAAGGCAAAUUCAGUACUGUACCUGAGCCCAUGUCAAAUUAAGGGCAUAGGAAAGAGAGACCUGUGUUUGUUUACUCCUACUGCCCUAAACUGCUGGGACGCAUUCUGCCCGCACAGUGUCCAGCCAGAUGUCUAUGGGGUGCUCACAAGCCGGGCACAGGAGGAGUAGAAUUGGAGAGUGGGAAGGGCUCCCCAAAGGUCAUCUAUUCCAACCCCCUGCAAUGCUUAUUUUGCCCCAUGCGGGGCUCGAACCCACAGCCCUGAGAUUAAGAGUCUCAUGCUCUAGCUGUCUCUUGGGGCCCGCAAUCCAUAGGCAGCGUCCCUCUGAUCCUGGAGUUAAAAUAUAGCCACCAGCGAUAGCUCAGUCGGUAGAACUGAGAGACCCUUGAUCUCAGGGUCAAGGGUUCGAGACCCGUGUUGGGCAAAAGAUUCCUGCAUUGCAGGGGGUUGGACUGGAUGAUCCUCAGGGGUCCCUUUCAACUCCAGAAUUCUGUGACCUUUCAUCCAGGGAGCUCAAGUACAUGGUCCUCCCCAAUAUUACUCUCACAACAACCCUGUGAGGUAGGUUAGGUUGAGAGGCAGUUGCUGGCCCAAGGUCACCCAGUGAGCAUCGUGAUUGGGUGAGGACCGGAACCCUGCUCUCUCCCAAGGUCUGGUCUGACACUCUAACCACUACACCACACUGCCUGCCUGCCGUUAUCUGGACGCCCACAAAUUCCCCCACCCAUGUGCUACUACAACUACUAUUUUCGAGGCCUCAGAUGUAUGGGGAGAAGGAUCGUAAAACCGAAUGCCAGAUUUGGCAUUCUGGAAAUCUUGAUUUUUAAAAAAGCCCCGCAAGGUUCUGGACCUUAUGACUGUGACAGUCAGGUCAGAUUGAAAGUGUGUGUGGGGGGGUGCUCCUUUCAGAUAGGCAGAAGUGAGAUUGGUAGGACUUUUCAGUGGGGGUGUAAUAGUAGUAGGGGAUUCUGUUCUUCCCCUUGAAUAGAACAAGUAGAACUAGCCGUGCAAAUCAUGCAACUCUGCAAAUUUCAGGAACGCUGUUGCAAUAAUGCUGAUAACGACAACAGCAGCGAAAAUAAUUUUAUUAUUCAGACCCCGCCCUUCUGACCCGACCGCCGGCCUGUUUCGCAUUGCCAUAGCGCUGGCGGCGACAGAUGGAGCGUUUUGAGGCUGGCACACCCCCACACCCCAAAUCUGGGGGGCUCCCUGUGCACGUCGGUCAGCCACUUCUAGGAAUGGGAGAAGCGAGACCGUUAAAUGUCAGACCGUGAGAAGCAGUGGAGGAGAAGGCAGCCAGGGGGUGAAGGUGCAGGAAGGGGAAGUGGUUUGAAAAACGGGGAGGGAGAAGCUGUUCCAAAGCAAGAAGGCGCCCGAGAGAAAUAGGGUGAAAAGGCAGGAAUUAAAUCGGGAGAGCCAGAGUCGCUAGGGCAGGAGUAGAAUCACAGAAUCCUAGACUUGGAAGGGACCCCGGGGGUCAUCCAGUCCAACCCCCUGCAACGCUAAAGCAUCCAUGACAGACGGCCAUCCAAUCAGCGGUUCUCAACCUGUGGGUCCCCAGAUGUUGUUGGACUACAACUCCCAUCAUCCCUGAGCUCUGGCCUUGCUAGCUAGGGGUGAUGGGAGUUGUAGUUCAACAACAUCUGGGGACCCACAGGUUGAGAAAGGCUGGUUGUCGUUCCGGACUACAAAUCCCAUCAGUCCCUGCCGGCGUGGCUGGGGAUGAUGGGAAUUGUAGUCCCGCAAGAGGAUGCUUCCCUGCGUGUUGCCUCCCCUGCGCUAGAGUGACGCGCAGCCCACAUUUUCAGAGGCGGAAAUGGAAGUUGUCAUUAACCCUGGAUCUCUGUGGGUGUAGGGUGACUAUGCUCUAUCCCUUUGGGUAAAUAAGUAAAUAAAUCUACCCUUCGCACAGGAAGUUAGUGGGAAACCAGGUCAACUUCAAGCCCCAGAGAAUGGUGCGAGUCUAGUCUUUCUGCCUCUAGGGCCGCUACAUAGUCCUCACUUCCUGUUCCUGUUCAGAAGCUGCUGUUUGGUUGGGGGAACCGUGGUGCCGUUGUUGAGAAUCGAGUCCUCGCAUGUGACUAGUCCUCAAUGCAAUGGCUAUCCUGUGUGCAUUCACCUCUUUCUAGUGAAUCAGUUGCCCCAAAAGAAGUUGCCCCUAUUUUUCGCUCUAUAAGACGCACCAGACCACAAGACGCACCUAGUUUUUGGAGGAGGAAAACAAGAAAAAAAAUAUUCUGAAUCUCAGAAGCCAGAACAGCAAGAGGGAUCGCUGCGCAGUGAAAGCAGGAAUCUCUCUUGCUGUUCUGGCUUCUGGGAUAGCUGCACAGCUUGCAUUCGCUCCAUAAGACGCACACACAUUUCCCCUUACUUUUUAGGAGGGGAAAAGUGAGUCUUAUAGAGCAAAAAAUACUGUAGUUGUGUGCGUGGGGGCGGGGAGAGAAAGGAAGGAACCAACUCUUCCUAUCAUGGUCACCCGCCAGAAAUUCUGAGCUCGCCACAGGCGACCAAGCGGACGACUGUUUUAUAUAAGCUUUGCCUGAUAUCGGUUGCCACCUUGAGUGUCAUUGUCUGGGUACAAAUUGCCAGAGGACAUGGUGAUGGGACCAGCCAAAGGAGAAAAGGGGGAAUGAUUCUGGAGGAAAGUGGCUGGAGUAGGCAGCAGCUGUAGCGUGUAAGGGUGAAUAUGGUAAAAUGAAAUGUAGGCCAGAACACCCUAUUUAUUUAUUGCAUAUUCCUGCCUUGCCGGGGGUUGGACUGGAUGACCCUCAGGGUCCCUUCCAACUCGACAAUUCUAUUAUUGAUCUCGCAUCUUUUCCUCCAAGGAGCAUAAGGGACCUCAUUUCAUCUCCACAACAACCUGUGUGGUGGAUUAGUCUGAGAGGCAGUGGCUGGCCCCAGGUCACCCAGUGAGCUCCGUAGCCAAACGGGGAUUCGAACCCUGGUCCCCCGCGUCCCAGCCUGGCACUCUGACCGCUACACCGCGCUGGCUGGCUGCCUUUCCUUGGGGUGCCCAGGUCUCAAGUUGCCCUGGGGAAGGUUGGGGAGAGGCUGAUUAAGAUGGGGGCACACAGAUCAGAGGAUCGUAGGAAGGAACCCCCGCAGGUCAUCUAGUCCAACCCCCUGCAAUGCAAUGCAGGAAUCUCAGCUAAAGCAUCCAUGACGGAUGGCCAACCAACGUCUGCUUAAAAACCUCAAAUAAGGAGAGUUUGCCACCUCCCGAGGGAGACUGUUCCUCUCUCAAACAACUCCUAUCAUCAGAAAGGGUCUUUUAUCCCCUCGUUUAGUCGUGUCCGACUCUUCGUGACCCCCUGGACCAGAGCACGCCAGGCACUCCUGUCUUCCACUGCCUCCCGCAGUUUGGUCAAACUCAUGCUGGUAGCUUCCAGAACACUGUCCCACCAUCUCGUCCUCUGUCCUCCCCUUCUCCUUGUGCCCUCCAUCUUUCCCAACAUCAGGGUCUUUUCCAGGGAGUCUUCUCUUCUCAAGAGGUGGCCAUAGUCUUGGAGCCUCAGCUUCAGGAUCUGUCCUUCCAGUGAGCACUCAGGGCUGAUUUCCUUAAGAAUGGAUAGGUUUGAUCUUCUUGCAGUCCAUGGGACUCUCAAGAGUCUCCUCCAGCACCAUAAUUCAAAAGCAUCCAUUCUUCGGCGAUCACCCUUGAAUUUUGUGGGAGAUGUCAUUGAGAUGUCGUUGAUCAGCCUUUUUGAGGGUCGUCCCCCCCAGCAUCUGGCUCACAACCAGUACGUCUGCAGCCGUCCAUCUCCCUAGCCCCCGCUUCCCCCAAACAGUCGCCCGUUGUGGAGCUUUCCCAAUCCAGCCCUGUUAAGACUUAGGUAUACUAUAUAAGCUAUGACGCGGGUGGCGCUGUGGGUUAAACCACAGAGCCUAGGGCUUGCCGAUCAGAUGGUCGGCGGUUCAAAUGCCCGCGACGGGGUGAGCUCCUGUUGCUCGGUCCCUGCUCCUGCCAACCUAGCAGUUCGAAAGCAAACCAGUGCAAGUAGAUCAAUAGGUACCACUCCGGCGGGAAGGUAAACGGCAUUUCCAUGCACUGCUCUGGUUUGCCAGAAGCGGCUUAGUCAUGCUGGCCACGACCCGGAAGCUGUACGCCGGCUCCCUCGGCCAAUAAAGCGAGAUGAGCGCUGCAACCCCAGAGUCAGCCACGACUGGACCUAACGGUCAGGGGUCCCUUUCCUUUUAUACUAUAUAAGCCAGCGCCAAAUUGCACCUUGAAUCUAGGUUGCGGUUGCCGCAACGGAAUGCCUAUUCGCCAUUGGGUUGGACUAGAUGACUCUUCAGGGGUCCCUUCCGACGCUACAGUUCUAUAAUCUCAGCUACAUGGCUUGACUGUCGCUUGCUCUUACAACAAUUCACUGGUCCCAGUAUUCAAGAGGGAGAAACACACGUUGGAAAUGGCAUUAACUAUUGAGUAAGGCAGAGCUUUUUAAACCUGGCGCCCAGAAAUCUCCACGCGGUUGCCAUCAGACCAGCACCAGUAGCAAAACAUGCCUGGCCAAUUUCAAACACAGCUACAGUCGAACGUUUUGGCUUUCAAACGCCGCAAACCCGGAAGUGAGUGUUCUGGUUUGUGAACAUUCUUCGGAGCCCGAACAUCUUCCGCAGCUUCUGAUUGGUUGCAGGAGCUUCCCGCAGCCAAUCGGAAACCGGGCCUUGGUUUCCGAAUGUUUUGGAAGUCGAGUGGACUUUUGGAAUGGAUUCCGUUCGACUUCCACUGUAAAUUCUUGGGUUAAGAACUUAAUUUGUUCUGGAGGUCCGUUCUUAACCUGAAACUGUUCUUAACCUGAGGUACCAGUUUAGCUAAUGGGGCCUCCUGCUGCCACUGCGCCGCCGAAGCACGAUUUCUGUUCUCAUCCUGAAGCAAAGUUCUUAACCUGAGGUACUAUUUCUGGGUUAGUGGAGUCUGUAAUCUGAAGCAUCUGUAACCUAAAGUGUCUGUAACCCGAGGUACCACUGUAAAGGUAAAGGGACCCCUGACCAUUAGGUACAGUUGUAGCUGACUCUGGGGUUGCGGUGCUCAUCUCGCUUUAUUGGCCGAGGGAUCUGGCGUACAGCUUCCGAGUCAUGUGGCCAGCAUGACUAAGCCGCUUCUGGCGAGCCAGAGCAGCGCAUGGAAAUGCCGUUUACCUUCCCACCAGAGUGGUACCUAUUUAUCUACUUGUACUUUGACGUACUUUCGAACUGCUAGGUUGGCAGGAGCUGGGACCGAGCAACGGGAGCUCACCCCGUUGCGGGGAUUCAAACCGCCAACCUUCUGAUCGGCAAGCCCUAGGCUCUGUGGUUUAACCCACAGCGCCACCCACGUCCCUAAAGCAAAGUUCUUAACCUGAGGUACUAUUUCUGGGUUAAUGGAGUCUGUAACCUGAAGCGUCUGUAACCCGAGGGUACCACUGUACUCUGUUCUGUAUUGCAUGGGGCCAAUUGUAACCUGAAGUAGAGAGCAUGGAGGGCCUUGUUAAUUUUGAUAUUCUCCUGUUUCCUCCUUCUCUUCAGCCUUGUAUGGACUGUGGCGCUUGCCUGCAGCCAUGGGGAAGAUGCUAUCAAAGAUAUUUGGCAACAAGGAGAUGAGGAUCCUCAUGUUGGGCUUGGAUGCCGCUGGCAAGACCACCAUCCUCUACAAGCUGAAGCUGGGCCAGCCGGUGACCACCAUCCCCACGGUGGGCUUCAACGUGGAGACGGUGACCUACAAGAAUGUCAAGUUCAAUGUCUGGGACGUCGGAGGGCAGGACAAGAUCCGCCCUCUGUGGAGACACUAUUACACCGGCACCCAGGGGCUGAUUUUUGUGGUGGACUGCGCCGACCGCGACCGGAUCGACGAAGGCCGUCAGGAGCUCCACCGCAUCAUCAACGACCGGGAAAUGCGAGACGCCAUCAUCCUCGUCUUUGCCAACAAACAGGACCUCCCCGACGCCAUGAAGCCGCACGAGAUCCAGGAGAAACUGGGCCUCACGCGCAUUAGGGACAGAAAUUGGUACGUCCAGCCGUCCUGCGCGACGUCGGGAGAAGGACUUUACGAAGGUUUAAUGUGGCUUACUUCCAACUACAAAUCAUAAUUCUAGGGCUAUAUAUCUAUAUCUAUAUAUAUAUAUAUAAUUUACGCGCGCACACACAAAAAGAAUCUCUAACCAAUGAAUCCUAGAACAUAUAUAUAUUCUCUUUUCCUCCUCCCCCCGUUCCUCCUCAACAAAAAAUUUGAAACGGAUUCUUCGCUCUAGCAGAAGCGGAGAGUUUUCUCGGCAAAUCGCUUUGCUGUGGCAGAAGCGGAGAGUUUUCUCAGCAAAGGGACGUGGCAGCAAGUCUGUCCACAAGAGAUUUCUCUCUUACUCUCUUUCGCCUCCUUCUCUGUCCUGGGAGAUGGCGGCAUUGGAUAUAUUCUGAUGGGAGCAAAGGGUUGGGGGUGGGGAGACUUUUAGCCCCAACCCUAUAUACGAAAGCUAGGUCUGCUAGGUUUCCACCCCUUUAAUCUUUCUCUCUCUGCCCCCCAACUCCUGUGGUUCUCCAAACUGUGGUGUCCUCAGCCUGAAAGCUGAGCUGCCUUGUGGGCAGAGCUUGGCGUUGCCCAUGCCAUAAUGGCAGUAUGUUUGGGUAGGUGGGCACCUUGUUGAGAGCGAAGGAUGGAUUCUGGUCUCCUUGCUUAGCGUUCCUGCCUUCCGCAAGCCUUGGGUUCAAGGGCCGCAAGUGGACAGACUCCCCUUGGCUCAUUUUUGCAGGGUGGGUAGGUGGGCACAGGAGAGAGACACUCCCCCACCCCGAGACGAGGCGUGUUCAAGUCCUGGUGCUAUCCUGUGCAGCCGAUGGAGGUUCACAUUCCGGAAUGCCUUGCUUGCUGGAGGCUGCGCCCUGUCCUUCCUUUGCUGGGAACACCCGUCUCUCUUUCCCUGCCUCUCCCCUCUCUCUCUUGACCUGCUCAACCUGCCGGGGUUGCUUGCUUGGUGUAGGCAAGGAUGUGCGAGGCCAACGCCCGGCCGAACCAGUUCCCCCACCGCAAGGUGGGUGGAAUUGAAGGAACCAUUAAUCAGAGCUAGGGCUGGCUCCCUCUCGCCGGAGCGUAGAUCUUCCUGACGGAGGCAGCUGGAGCUUCCCUCCACUUUUUCAGCAAGGGACAGGUGGAUUUUGGGGGGGGGGUGUUACAGAUCUGGACAGCUUCCUGGGCUUUCCACUUGACUUUGGGUUGGGGAGUUCCUGGCUUCCAACCUGGCCAGAUUUCUACCCGGACUGAAUCGAUCUGGGUCUGUUUUGCUCCUCUGUCCUGUUCUGAUGCCAUCCUUCUGCAAAACUUGUUUCCCCAAACGGGGAAUCGCCUACGCCACCCCCUUCUCUCUUUUCCCAUCUCUGGGCCACAGCCUUGGCUAAAGAUCUGCCUUGCCAAGUUUCUCAUCCUAGAGAAAGGACCAUUGGACCCAGUAUUUGACAACCUGGUGCCCUCCAGGUCUUUUGGACCACCACUCCAAGCAUCCCCUGCAUUUGGGGGGUGCCAGGUACGCAAGGCUGAUUUAACUCCGCUUCAGCGGUGGUUGAGACCGUCUUCCAGCUGUUGGGAACUACGUGUUCAUUACCGGGGUGUGUUUGUGUGUGUGUGUUCGAUAUGAGAAAUGUGCUCCACCGGUUGUUUUCCAGGUGGGUGCGGAUUCUCCUCGCUUCCUAAUCUUACCGACAAAGUUGGUGAAAUUUUUGGUCCGUAGCAGCUUAAACUAAGCGCAGGAUCCGAGGCACAGAACAAAGAAGAGGCUUCUUUUCAGGGACCAUGAAUCACUUUGCCCUGAUUUCACACUUCUGCUGUAACUCGAGAUCGUAUUUCCCUUUAUUUCCCCACCCCCCUUUGCAUUUGAGGCCGAUUCUUAAGAAGCAGUGACCAAUUUGGGGCGGAAUCUCUCUUUGUCAUCCCUUGAUUCACCCUGGGCAGGGAGGACUCGCAAAUGACCCCGCCCUUCCAAAUUGCUAGCUUUUGAACUUGAAAUGGAUUCGUCCUCUGUCCCCACCCCACCCACCCAGCAAAAUGGGUCUACUCAGGUAGUCGGGCAUUUCCACCUCCCUCCCCUUCCUGCCCAGGAUCACAAUGGGGAGAUCUCAGUUUAACUUUGCAAACUUCUUGCUUGAAUGCCUUGCUGGGUGAGAAACCUCCCCUCUCUUUGACACAAGAUCCGGUUAGUUUUUCCCGAUUUCCUUUCGCCCCCUGAACUAACAGGUGAGGACCGUGUGUGUAUGUCACAGGGGCAAAUUCUCAGUGUGAAUGGUUUUUUGGCACUGCAGCGGGAAGAAAGCUUUCUUCUCUCGUCCCCCAUGAAAAAGAGGCAGCCGUUGCAUGGCCACAUGGCUCAGGCCUUGAUUUUUCUGGUUACCCCUUGUUUCGAUGCGCACAGGGGUCCCCAACUGCAAGCUGCAUCUUAAGGUAGAUUUUUAUUUUUGCUUAUUGCACGGGGGCACGGAUCGGGAGCCUGUUCCUCUGUGCUUUGGGGAGAAAGGAAACGGCUCGUUUUCUGGAAAACACCGACUCGUGGUGGUGGAAUUGUACGGAAGGUACCAAGCGAUCUGGGUAGGGUCGUUCCGCGCACCCACCCCUCCCUGGGACCUAUCGGGCCUCGUGUUCCUGCUGUCCCCACAGAGAAGUCUUGCCCGCUGUCCUUUGCGCCAUGUUCCCACACCGCAGCCUGCUCUGCUUGGGCGUGAUCUUUUUUGAGCAAGCGUGACUCAUAACUCCCACAAGGAGUGUUCGUUCUCCUCUCUCCCCCCCCCCUUUUCAGUAGGGGGAGGGAGCGGUUCUGCACAGCUCAGCGAGCUCUUAACGCACAUCUGCAGCAAACUCUUCGUCCCUCCUUGCCAGCCAUAGAGCGGCAACCACAUCUCGCCUGCUUGGCCCCCUCCCAAAUUGAACCUGCGGCGGCGAAGGGAUCUGUGCCUCUUCCUCCCCCCCUCCCAAAAAAACCCCCUUGCACCCAGGACCAAGACCGGUGUGGGACUUGGAUGCAGAACUCUGUGCCUGAAUUUCAUGGUGGCAAUAUUUUGUGCAAAUGCACCUCUCUUCCCCUACCCUACAGAACAGAAGUUUUGACGCUGUUUUUUUGUGCCUGUUAAAACCCUUGAUUUUUGCUCAGAUCCCUGAAUAGUGGGGAUUAUUAUUUUUUUGGAGGGAGGGGGUGACCAGGUGUGCCCCCACCUUCUGCUCCUGAUGGCAAUCUUUCUUUCUCCCCCAAAUAAGCUGCAUUUAACCACGGUUAGAAACUGCACUUGAAAAGUACGCUUUGAAAGUAUUUCACGGGGUGGGAAGUUUAACUCUUUAACAUUCCUGCGCUGUAUGUUUCCCCCCCUUGCUUCCAAAAUCACUCGUCACCCGAUCGCACCAUGCACGUCUCUUCCCGCCCCCAAUCUUGCUGACAUUCCAACGGAUCUGCUUUGCUUUGUGGGGGGGGGGCAGGAUCCGCCAGUCGGAUUCCCGGGCGAUCGCGUCGGAACGAGACAGAAUUUAAAAGUCAGGUGACCGCCAUCUGGUUAGGCGUCCCGAGAUAAUCCAAUUCCGCUGGCACGAAACGUGUGUGACCGCGGACGUCAUCGGGAAUUUGUGUGAUGGGAAUUUAGGCUUUUGGAAUAAAACCUCUGGCCUCUUUCUCUCUCCCAGAUAUCGUCUGCCUCCCUUUCAUUUCUUCAAAGUAAAAUGUUGCUUUUGGCUGUUUCCCCCGAGUUUUUUUUUUGGGGGGGGAAGCUGUGUGCUUUACCUUGCAAAGAAAUAGGUGGAAAGACAUCAUUGUUUGCCCCCCCCACCUUAUGAUGAAAAAUAACCCACCUUAAACAAAGCUUUUCGAGCCCAACACCUGGGUAGAGUGAAUGUGGCAGCCAGGUCUCUGCGGAUUCUAGGGCACAGAUGGCUGCAAAUUUAAGCUGGAAGGCAGUGGUUAAUUUGGGUGGACCAGGCCUUAAUUUGCUGGCGAAGAUCUGAGAUCUUAGCCACUAGGAUACAUGUUUUAAUGCACUUCUCCCCUGACUUGGAAAGUUCUGUGUCGGUGGUGAUGAUAUAAGAAGGCACUUAAUUUCCCACCUCCUUGCUCAGUCACUCUUACCCUGCCUCCCUUGUUUUGCGGGUUUUUCUGCCUGUGUAGUCACAUUAAAAUAAUUCCCAGAUCACGCACAACGGAGGCACGGAGGUGCUCUUAUUUCUUGCGGGUGGGAGGGAACGAUGUGUGUGAAAAUAUCUGGGAGGGUUUCUGCGAUGUCAAUAAGGGCUUCUCAGUUCCUGAACGGAAGAACAAGGUACUUUUUGUAAUCAAAUCUGCAGCUGUCUUAACUGGAAUACAUUGGGUUUGUCUUUGGGGUUUUCUUGGUUCCCUCCUCAUCCCUCAUCCCCCACCCCACCCCGCAAAAAAUUAUGUUUUCUUUCUUCCCCCUGACUAGCAAAAUGAGGGGUGUGUUUAUCAGAUGCUGAUCUGCAUAUGCAAAUGUACUGUACAUUUAACGCUGGAAUUUCUUUUGGAAUCUUUUCUUUCAGGUUGGGGAAAAUUCAGACGUGUCUUGUGGUUAUGGGUUCCCGGGGUGGGGGAACACCCUAAUCUUUACAAACAAGGGCUCACUUCAGUGAACUGUUUUUUAAAAAAUAAAAAUAAAUGAUUUUUCUUUCUAGCCUUCAUGAAAA